CGGGCGGAAGCACCGCCCCGCGCGGGUUUCCCCUGCGGCGCCGCGGGGGUUCCGCCAUGGAGGGCCCGGGGUCGUGGUCGAGCUCGGGGGGCGUGGGGCGGCCGCUGACGGAGGACGAGAUGGCGGAGGUGAAGAAGGAUGCUUUAGAGAGGAUGCGUCCUUACCUGUGUGACAAAAUCAUAGCCGAGAGACACUUUGAUUACCUACGUUCUAAGAAAAUACUCACUAGGGAGGACACAGAAGAAAUUUCUGCUCGAUCUUCCAGUAGGAAAAAAACUGGGAAGCUACUGGAUUACUUAGCAGAAAAUCCGAAAGGACUAGAUACUUUGAUUGAAUCUAUCAGACGAGAAAGAACACAAAACUUCCUGUUACAAAAGAUAACUGAUGUAGUGUUGAAAGUCAAAAAUGAAAAGCUCGAAGCUCUUAAAGGUCUAAGCUGCAGCACCUGUAUGACCUCACUGUAUGGAGGAACAAAUAAUCUUUCUAGAUCAUUUUCUGAUGAAUCAAAUUUUUUUGAUAAAACAAAAGACAAGGAAUCUACCCAGAUACAUCACCCAGAAGAAGAUUAUAGCACCGCUGCAUUUGUGUCUGCUGUCUCUCUUCAUUCAAUGAAUUUACCAAUUGCAGAGAUGGGAAAUUCACAGUGCAGUGUUUUCUCAGCCACCCUCCCAGGGCCUGGAGACCCUGGUGCACCCCCACUGCCCCCAGAGCUCGAGUCAGACCAGCAAGAGCCAUGUACUAGUUCAAGUGACAAUUGCUUUUUGCCUUUAAGGUCACGUUCUGUUCAACCACAAUGAACACAGUGACUUUCGUCUGUUCAUCUGAAUGGUACUGAAACUUUGUGUGAUGUCUCAUAAAGGCUAAAAAAUGUUUUCAAACUGUUAGAAAAAUUAGAGGAAAUAAUCUAUGCAAUUUCUGUUUUAAUUUUGUAAUUGUAUGAUGCUGGAGCUGCUUGACUUUUUUUGUUUGUUUUGUUCUUUAGGGAGCUUUUUUCAAAAUAUUGUGGCAUUAUACCAGCAAAUGUUUGAUUUUUAAACAAAUGUGUAAAAGAUUUCACAUUUAGUUGUAGAUAGUUCAGCUGGAAUGAUAGAACAAAUAGGGUUUUUCUUUCUACAGAAACUAACAAAUCAGCUUUUCUUAAUGUUUCUGUGAUGGCAAACUGGGAAAGAUGGUUAGGAAAAGUACUGAGUAUGGAAAAAAAAAAUGAACUAAAAGCUUAAGCUUACUUACCAAAAAGCUUAAACUCAUUUAAGUUAAAUGUUUCUCACUGGGAUAAAUUCUGCUCUCCAUGUCUGUGUGUGCUGCUCCAUUUGCAAAAAACCUCACAAUUCUGGCCAAAUCCAUGCUUAUUAGCAAGGAGUCUUCUCCUUGUGUGAACUUUGUCCUACUGAUAAAUCAAAAGGCAUCAGUAUCGCAAAUACACUUCUGCAGGCCUUGGCAUAUUCUUCUUGUAUAUUAGUUAAAGAUUCCUGAUUUGAGAUGCACUUUAAAUAUAAAUUCUCUUUAGUACUGGAAAAGGAAUGUAGACUGCUCUAGUGGCAUCAUGAGGGCUGUAAGAAAACAUUAUUGUAGGACGCUAUUAAGGAACAAAGCUUGUAUGCUUUGUCCCCCUUGGGAAGUGGAGGAGAAGUUGUGUGACAAGAAAGUAUCCCUACCUGAAGGACUCUUGGAAAUAGAGCACUUCAGAUACCUCCUCUUCAAAGCAGACAGACAGGUUUACAUUUCAAAUUGUUUGGAGUCAAAUGCAUUUUAAACUGUUUCAACAUGGGAAGGUUCUCAUUUCUUGCCACCAUCUAACAUCCUGAUUUCCUCUCAUACUCGAAUUGUAGCCUACCUUUUGUGCAGGUGCCUAUUAUCAUUUCAAAAUGACCUGGUGGAUUCUUAAUUUGACAUGUGUACAGUUGUGUUCUGCAGCAGCACACUUCAAAGUGAUGGGAUGUUUUCAGUGUAUCAGAGGGUGGGUUGGUAUUUAAGGCCCUAAAUUAUUUUGGCUCUCAUACUGUGUAUAGCCAUGUAAUGCCAUUCCAAUGCACACAUGGGUAAUAUUACUAAACUGUUCUCCUCUUGUGGAGACAGGCCACCUGCAGGACCUCAGUAUAGUCUCUGUAAAUUGUUUUUCAUUAUUAUUCUGGUUUUGGAAGUAGAUCAAAAUAAAAUGAAAUGUUCAACUACACUCCAUCCUGAGUAUAUGAACAUCUUACAUGUGAGAAAGAUGUGUUUGUAAAAAUCUUUGUUUUUCUUCUCUACAUCUACAAUCAUAGACUGUCCAGACAGUGAAAAUGUUUUUCAGUGAAACUGCUUCAGUUAGAUGGCACUCUGGAAAUAAAGUGCCUAAAUAUGCAAGCCAAAGUUUUCUCUUUAACAUGAGAUUAAGGAUAGGAUGAACUCCCUGUCUUCCAUUAACUUAAUUUGUAGCUGCACAUACUUGGGAUGUCUAAAAAGUCAUUUGUGUAAAUGCCCACUGUAGCCACAUGAAGAGCUGUGCUUAGAUUGGAGUCCCUUCCUGGGUUCUUGUAAAGAGAAGAGAGUGAGCAGGGUUGGCUUUAACAGAGAAAAUGCAUCAGCUUAGGGUGGAGGCUGCCUCGCUGCUCCCCAUCCUGCCCGCGGUGUGCAGCCUGCAGGGAGCCAGCUCUGCAGGGACCACUCCCAAUGAACCUGAGACCUCAAAUGAAUGUAUUAUCAUACCAAUUGUUUAUAAUGUGCAUUUUUAAAACUUAUUUUUAUCACAACUUUUGGAAUAAAUUCUUUUGUAUAACUG